AUGGGUGCGACCAGCGCAGGAAAGUCGACGUUCAUCAAUCUCGUUAGCGACUCCAAAUUGAAGGUUGGCCAUGGCCUGGAGUCGUGCACCUCAGAAGUCGAGGUUGCUUUACCUUUCAUGCUUGAUGGCAAGAUGGUCACCCUCAUCGAUACCCCGGGGUUCGAUGACACCGUCAAGACCGAGGCUGAGAUCCUCCGGCUCAUCGCUGACUUCCUGGCCGUGACAUACAAGCAAGGACGCACCCUCAACGGCGUCAUUUACCUGACGCGCAUCACGGACACCCGCAUGGGUGGCAUCGGGCGCAAGAAUCUUCGGCUUUUCCGCAAGCUCUGCGGCGACGAAACUCUGAAGAGCGUCGUCAUUAUCACAAACAUGUGGGGCGACGUCGAGCCUAGCAUUGGUGCCGCGCGCGAGCGGGAGAUAACGAACAGCGACCUCUUUUUCAAGCUCGCAUUCGAGAAGGGUGCACACAUGAUGCGACAUGACAACACCGUCGAGUCAGCGCACCGCAUCAUCCGCAAGAUCAUCGGCUUCUCACCCGCGCCACUGCGAAUCCAACAGAAUAUGGUAGAUGAGCGCAAGCUGCUCGCGGAGACGGGUGCGGGGCAUGGCCUCAAGGCGGAGCCUGAGCUCGAGCGACAGGCGGAGCGACACCGAGCUGAGCUCGCGGACCUGCGGAGCAGCAUGCAGGAGCUCCUCGAGGCAAAGGACGCCAAGCUUCAGGAGCUGACAGAGUCGUUGCGGGAUGUACAAGCUGAGCUUGCCAAGGCACAGGCCGAGAUACAACACCUGCGCGAGAACCAAGGGAGUGUAAGAGCGAGUUAG